CCUUAUAUACUAUAUACAUAUAAUCGGAUAUAUAUAUGUAUGUUGAAGCUAACACAUAACUAUGGAUUACCUGUGCAUAUGGAACGCGUUUGAGCAGAACUCAUUAUUCAUCAAUCACAUCAAGGAAAUUGGGCGGCUGGCAGCCGCUGCCGCCGUGUCGCAACAGCCUUCUAUUGGCAGUGCCUCGGUAUCGGCCAGCGCCACAUCUGCGUCUACAUCUGCGGCCAGCUCGACGGCCAGCUCGCCCACAGCUGUAAGCAAGGAGUCUACUGCUGCUGCCACUACCUCGGCCUUCUCGUCGACGCAGCACUUCCGAGCCACACCGCACGUAGCCGCGCUUGCGGCCGCGCAACAACAGCUGCAACAGAGAAUCGCAGCGGCUGCCUACCAGCAGGGCCAGGCGGAGUUGCCAGCGCAGUCGCCGAUGUUUAUUAAUCAACAGCAGAUGCCAGGAGCUGCUCAUCAGCAGCAGCCGGGAACUGGCGUCGGCCUGCAACAGCUACAGCAAAACAACUCCAGCAUGGCCAACAGCUUGCUGUGGCAACCGUGGCGGGAUCUCCAACAAGCAGCCGCCAUGCAUCACCAGCUCUACAAACAGCAGCAGCAGCAACAGUUGUUCAAAGAAACACGACUGUCUUCAAAAGAGCUUCCAACCAACAAGUGGCGUCGCGAGCGACGUCAACGAGCCGCUGCCGCCGAAUAUCAAGUUCACGAUUCAAACAGUGAAAUGGAGCGGGAGAGGGAACCUGACAUGGAUAGCCCCAUUGAUAUGACCGUGACGUCGAACACUGUGAAGCAUCAACGCGCUUCACCGCCUCCACCGUACCGUGAGCCAUUGGCUGGUGGCGCAAACAGCCACUGUUACGUCGCCAGCCGGCCGAGCGUUAUUACCCAAGCACCGCCCAAACGGGAGCAGCCGAAGCAUGCGCACCAAAGCCAGCACCACCACCAUCAUUCGCUCUCUAGCCACGAGCAUGACCAUCGCAGUAUGGAGUCCGAUCCAAUUUGUGACAUCGACGAGCAUUUCCGGCGUUCCCUGGGACCUGGCUAUGCAGCCCUGUUGAAAUCGCCAGCAUCCAGCUCGCCCACGCCGUCGCCACAGCCGCUGCCACAGCCGCUGUCGCAGCAACAGUCACAGCAAGCACAGGCGCAGACGCAGUUGCAGUCGGCGGCUGGGAACGGAACACCAAUGCAGCAGAUCUCGCCACAAGCCUAUCGGCAACAACCAACAGCAACAACUUACGAAAAUCAGUCGCAAUUACCGCUGCCACUGCCCCUGUCUAAGCUGGGCCUGCCCAUCGUGCACUCACCCACGUUGCAGCCGGCACCGAUAUCGCCGCAGCAUGAGUUGCCACCGCCCCAGAAAGAGCCAUUGUCCCUGUCGCCGCUACCCGCUCGAAGUGCUUCCGCUUUGUCAUGCUCACCGAUACCACUGGCUGGCGCCAGUCAAAUAUUAGAUACCCCGGCAACCAAGAGAGAAAAAGCUUUAGACAUGCCUCAUCAUACUCCACCCAGAUGUAAUACACCCCCACCAGCGUAUUCCAGCGUAAUGGCGUCGACGCCCACAAUGCCAGCUAUAAUACGUGUGAAAGCCGAACCGGGACUAGCCGCUGCAUCGUCGACACAUACGCCACCCGCUUCUCCUACCUCAUCCACAAACAUUUCGAUAUUCACCAAGACUGAGGCCUCUGUGGACGAUCACUUUGCCAAGGCACUGGGUGACACUUGGAAAAAGUUGCAGGCCCACAAGGAGUGAAACCAUCUCAAAUGCUGUUCUAACUUUAAACUACACAAUUGAUUUUUAAAGAUCUCAUGACGAAGAUGUGAAAAUUUUUCAAAUGCGAGUGUAUUAUUGCAAGUUUCUUAUGAUUUUAUUAUAUAUACAUUUAUAUAUAAAAGCGUAUACGUACAUGUGAAAAAUUGGUAUUCUUAAUGCAUACAUAGUUGCAUAGAUAGACUAAUCCUUAAUAUGUAUUAACAUUUGUGCAUAAAUAUUUUCAUUCUAUUUACGCAUGUUUUUUUUUCAUAAUUCUAAAUUAUGAAAAUAUUGUAAGUUUAUAUUUAUCCAAAUGAAUCCUAUAAAACUUAAAAAAAAUGUGAGUGACAAAUACACAUUACUCUCUAAAAGCACUCUAUUUAUUGUGUAAGUGACUUACAAUAAAAAUUAAAAGAAAUCUAUUCUCGAGUU